AUGGCCUUUGGCACGGAGGCUGUUUUGCCAAUCGAGACGUUAAUACCAUGGGGAAGGGUCGAAAAUUUCGACGCCACAACCAAUGAGGAGGGUCUCCAUUUGAACAUUGACCUCAUCGAGGAGAAGAGGGAGCGAGCAAACUUACACAACCAAUUGUAUAAGCAGCGGGUUGCAUGCCAUUACGAUAGUAAAGUCAGGACCUGGACGUUGGGACUGGGGGACUGGGUAAUGAAGAAAAUCAUGACCAAAACGGUGGCCCUGGACCCAACUUGGGAAGGACCGUACGAGAUCAUCGAAGAGGUCGGCCCAGCAACAUUCUUUCUCCGAGAUCAGUAUGGGAUAGUCACCGGGCGCCCCUAG